CAUCAAAGAAAGCAGCGCACUGCACCGAAGACAAACAAAACAACGGUCAUUCUUGCCGCGGACGGAUCGAUCUACAUUUUUGGGAGAAGUGCAACUGCCGCGCCGUUUUUCUUUCGACGUUGUUCCGGGAUUCGAGGCAGAGGCGCCCCUUGAUUCGUGUUGGUUCUUGUUCGGUCGUGUGUGAAAUACCAAAGUGCAGAAAUUUGUGAAAACUGGUGGAAAAUAGUGACGUUGUGAGUCGUUGAAAUCGCGUCCGGUGAAGGGUUGAAAAUGGGUGACAGCAAAAACAUCAGGGUGGCCGUUAGGGUUCGGCCGCUGAACAGACGGGAGCUGGAACAGAACCAACGAAACAUUAUCAAGGUUCUCGACCACACCACCCUGAUGUUUGACCCGGACGAGGACGAGGAUGAGUUUUUCUUCCACGGGAUGAAACAGACCCACCGGGACAUCACAAAACGGGUCAAGAAAAAACUCACCAUGGAGUACGACGAAGUGUUCGACGCCGAGGCUAACAACGAGGCCAUCUUCGAAACGUGCACCAAACCGUUGGUCCAAUCCGUGAUGGAUGGCUACAACUGUUCGGUGUUCGUGUACGGAGCGACCGGGGCGGGAAAAACUUUCACCAUGCUGGGCAACGAGGAAUGCCGGGGAAUUACGUUUCUGACGAUGAAGGAACUUUUCCGACAGAUCGACAGCUUGAGCACCUCGCGAAAGUUUGACAUCGGCAUAUCCUAUUUGGAGGUUUAUAAUGAGCUCGUGAUGAACCUGCUGACCAAAACCGGUCCUUUGAAACUCCGAGAGGACUCCAGUGGCGUGGUGGUCAGUGGAUUGAUCCUGAAGCAGAUUCACAAUGCCGAAGAGCUGCUGGAUUUGUUGGCCCUGGGCAAUCAAAAUCGAACGCAACAUCCAACGGAUGCGAAUGCCGAGAGCAGUCGAAGUCACGCAAUCUUCCAGGUGCACAUAAGAAUGGUGGACAAGAGUACGGGUCAGAAGCGAACUGUAAAACUGUCUAUGAUUGAUCUCGCUGGAAGCGAACGGGCGGCUAGCACGAAAGGAAUCGGAAUUAGGUUCAAAGAGGGCGCCAAUAUCAACAAAAGCUUGUUGGCUUUGGGCAAUUGCAUCAAUAAGCUAGCUGACGGCCUCAAACACAUUCCCUAUCGAGAUUCGAAUCUCACUCGUAUUCUCAAGGACAGUUUGGGAGGAAAUUGCCAAACGUUAAUGAUCGCGAAUGUGUCCCCUUCCUCGCUAACCUACGACGAUACGUACAACACACUGAAAUAUGCAUCCCGAGCGAAGAAGAUCCGAACGACCCUCAGGCAGAACAUCAUUCCAACCAAUGUGCCGAAGGAGUUCCUCGUCAAGAAGGUCAACGAGCAAGCAGCCGAGAUCGAUCGGUUGAAGGCACGGUUGAAAGAUUUGGAGGAACAGAAAACUGCUGCCGUUGCUGCUGUGGCAGCUGCCAAAUCGGCCUCAACCGGGUUCUCUGUGCCAAGCGAGGCCCUGCUCAAUACAUGGCGCUCGAGGAUUGACCAGUGCUAUGCGACCGUCAAGAAAGCCCAGGAGCAUUACUUUAAUCUACAGAGCAAGGAGAAAAUUUUGAACCUUCGAUCCAAGCUGAAGGCCCAAGUGGAAAGUAUCAAGAAAAUUGUCACACUGGAUGGAAAACACCUGAACGCGGACAUUGCCCGCUUGGAAGCUUCCAUCGAUCGCUACAACAAACAGGUAACUCGUCAAAAGGAUGAAAUGAACCGAUGGGCAAAACGAUACAAAGACGCAAUGAAAAGCCUGGAAGCUCUACGCCAAGAAAUUCGCUCCUCCGAUCUUGCCACUUUACUUGGGUUCUAUUUGCGAGCAAAGGAUUCCGAGAUAGAUGCAAACAAGUCAAACUACAAGAAAAAUCACGUUAUGAAGAUAAAUAUGAUCUACACGGACGAGAACAAACAGCUGGAGAAAAUCAUGGCCCUGAGUGCAGAAAUUGUUCAGCAGGACUAUUUGCUGCUCAGAAGCAUGGGCAGGCUGGAUAACGUGACACUGGAAAAGAUGGAACAAAUGGCUCGCCUGGACAUUUACACACGAGGCGUACGAUUCAGUGACGAUGAUGAUCACAACGAAUUGAUGCAGGAAGUCAACAUCACCGAUACGAGUUUCGAUGAAAUCACAAACCUGUCUGAUUGUGCUGAUUUUCCUGCGCCAAAUGGUUUGGAUAUGGAAACCGAUUGUGGCGUAAAACGGCUGAACGAUAUCGAUGAAUCCGAGUCUGAAAACGAGCGCAAAAAAGCCAAAGAAGACCACAAUAAGCAGUUGGAGUUUAAAAGGCCGAAAGCGCUGAGACCCUUGAAUCUUCAAGCGAAAAGCGUGAGCGUAAAGUCAACCAUUAGUAGGAAAACGCCAACUAAAACACAAAAGACGACCACAAUUACGCAAUUCAAAGUUCCUAAGCUGAUUGUGAGUAAUCCGCCGAAACCAUCCAGUGCAAAGAAACGACAAAAGGUAGCCAACUCAUCUACGUCUUCCAACGACACUAGCGACACUUCGGACGGCCCUGAUGAAAAUGGUGGAAUUGGAAACAGCACUUUCUGCAUCGAAGGGGACAAGGACGCAACUAGUUCGUUGUUUUCCAAUGUACUGGUAGGCAGCAACGUAGAUCCACAUGUACUGAAAAAAGUGCUGCGGCGCGCUUCGAUGAAAGGCAAUGUCAUUUCCAAGGUGACGUUAACACUGAACAAGGAGAAUCGUAAAUUCAGCCCAAAACGGGUUGGCAAAAGCCCACGGCCAUUACUGCGAACCAACAGUCGACCCCACACCUCGGCAGCAAGCGUGAUCAAUCGGUACAGGAUGAUGAAAGCUGGUGCGACAGCUGGACCUUCGUCAUCGUCGGCGGUGCCCGGAAAUUCUGGUGAUGUCAAGUCAACUGCCUACGACAGUGACAGUGAACGGAAAAUUCGAAACAUCAGAAAGUGAAAGCCUGCGGUGGUGAAACACCGGUUUUGUGUUCUUCUAUUUUAUUUUGAUGUUUGUAUCGAAACUUUGCAAAUGUACUUUCGUCGAUUUUCAAGGUUUUAUGUGGUUUGUUAUAAUUUGAUAGGGAUUUCCAGAUGGGCGUGUUGAACAUAUUCAUCUGCGGCUGGGUGUUUUCUGACAUUUUUAUUAAGUUGAUGAAUAUAUCAUUAAAAGAUUAACGUAGCUAAAACAGACGUAAAAAUGCUUUAAAAUAUGUGACUAAUAACUUUGUGUAUAUUUUUGAUUUUCAUUUUCACCCAAUAAGAUUUAAUGCUUCUACUCAACACCCUUAAACAAGCAAUUGCAUUUACUACUGAUAAAAAUAGGAAGAUAUUUAUAGUGCUCUUUUUCCUGUAAAUAAUAAAUAAUAGCUAAUUUACUCGUCUUGAA